GAGGGAGGUGGGCGGAGGGAGUAGGGCGCAGGACGCACUGCCAUUUUACAUACAACUGUCCUAAAAAGGACACCGUACUUUUAUAGUCCGUCAAUACUGCAGAUCUUCAACAUUAGUACGUGGAUACUGUCUUUCCUUAUUCAUGUUCUCUAUGGUCCUGGUAGUGGGCUGUCGGAAUGCAGUUGGAGGACUGAAGUGUUCUAAUCCAAACGAUAGAUAGAACGGAGGCCGGGCGAGGAUGGCAGGAAUUAUUAAACGACAGAUUCUAAAGCACCUGUCCAGGUACCGAGACGGAAGAUUUUUUUUGCUGAAUGACAGAUGAAAGGCAGUAAAAGUUUGCCAAGAACUUGACACCAGAGCAGAUCAAUUUGAGCACCCUUCGAGGUGAAGGUCAACUGACUGACUUGGAGCUGGAUGAGGAAGCUAUCCAGAACAUGCUUGACUUACCUACGUGGUUAGCUAUCACACGUAUUUACUGUAAUCGGGCCUCCAUUAGGAUACAGUGGACCAAGCUGAAGACUCAUCCUAUUUGUUUGAUGCUUGAUAAAGUAGAGGUUGAUAUGAAAACAUGUGAAGAUCCGCGACCACCAAAUGGACCUUCCCCUAUAGCACUGGCUUCAGGUCAGAGUGAAUAUGGCUUUGCAGAGAAGGUGGUAGAAGGCAUGUUCCUGGAGGUUGGCUGUGUCGUUAUCAAGAUAGAGUCCCGGACAUUCCAUGCAUCUCUGCAACUGUGGCAACUCCAAGGUUACAGCGUCAGCCCAAAUUGGCAGAAAACUGAUCUGCGUUUCACCCGCCUCACUCACCCUGAUAAAGGAGAAGUUCUUACCUUUAAAGAAGUCAUAUGGCAGACCCUUCGUGUAGAAGCUGACGCAUCUGAGAAUAGUGAGGAUGUUCCUAGCACCCCUUUACGUCUGCUCACCAGUGGAGGACGUUUACAUGUUGCACUGAAGAGAAGGAUGAAGGACUGUCUAGUGCUGUGUUCCAAGUUUACUCUUCUUCUGGAUGAACUGUUAUGGGUGCUUACAGACUCUCAGCUUCGGGCUUUACUGUCCUAUGCAAAAUCUUUGAGCGAAGCUGUGCAGAAAUCAGUGAGGCAGAGGAAAGACAGAGGCGAAGAGCAGGUUGCAUCUUCUCCCACAGUACCCUCUUUGUGGUCUCUCUCUUCAUCACCCUCUACUACAUCUAGUUUAGGUCAGUACUUUGAUAAGUUUGAUAUGAAGGAAACCUCAUAUCAUUUGUUGAUCUCGAAACUUGACUUGCACGUGUGUGAUGAGCGCCCACCCCAGGGAACAUGCACAGUUGCAGGAGGUGCAAUUCAGCUUACCCUUUGCAGAGUUAUUCUGGACUAUUAUCCAUCCCACAGAGAAGGGCAGAGCGUUUCUCACUGGCAUUGUGUUUCCCCUGCCAUUGGAACAUGUGAACGGUGGACUCAGGAUCUUGCUGAAGAGAAACUAUCCAGAAAAGAACCCAACCCCAGUGCAAAUGGAACAUCUCCUAUAAAACAAAACAAAAUGAGUACUUCUUCACCUCCAUUAUAUUUCUUCUGUGUGCUGAUACGAGUAGAUAACAUAGACAUUUAUCAGAUCUCUUCAUCUGGUCAAGCAGCUCAGAAGCCCCCCCUUCUUUCAUGCGGUCAAAUUCCUUACUCUUUCUCUGCCAUUCACUUUCAGUACAUGGAAUAUUACCAUCUUCCUGGACAGAACAUUCCAGUGCCCUCUCCUGCUCUAUACAUUCAGCUACAUGGUUUGAUGUUAUGUCUUGCUGUGCCCUCCAUUCUGUGGUUAAAUCAAUUCAUGUUGGAUAUGUAUCAACACAUUCAUCAGUUUGCUGAAGAGUCUAACAAAGCUAGAGAGCACAGAGAUGUACGCCUUGAUGGGUUCAACUUGAAGCUGAACUUCCCAGUGGUUUCCCCUCUGUGCCAAGUGAAAGAGCGGCCUCACUCAAUAUAUGCUCAUCUUGCUGUAGUUACAAUAACAAAUACCCGUCAAGGUCCUGGUUCUACUCUCUACCAUCUUCAGCAGUGCUUUCGUUUAUUUGCUUCCAAGCCAUCUUUUCACUGCCCCCUGGGUCCCCUGCAUCCUAUAUUCCUCUCACAUGUCUUUCCUUCAUCAAGUCCUCCCUCUAGCUCCUUAUGGAGUUUGCACAGCCCAAGCUUAUCAUUGUAUUUUAAAGAGGCAGCUUCUAAAAAGCAGAUUUUAAUGAAUUCUCUUCCAUUUACUGCCUGGGCAUGUCUGUUGCAUCCUGAAAACCAACUUGAUGUUCUGUUCAAUGUUGAAAGCCUGGCAAAACUGAAACUUAAUCACUACCAAUACCUUACCUUACUUCGUGCACAAGAGCAGCUUCAGGCUCUACUGGAAGAACUUCAAAAUAUGGUAUCCCCAUUUGAAGAUCAUGAUUUAGUAAAGUCAACACCUGCUCGUGUGUCUGUCUGUGUGGGAUUGCUGAUACCAGAGGUCAGAUUGUCACUUUUACUUCCCUCUUCCUUUGCUAUGGGAAACCCUUCUGAGUCUGCAGACUCAGAACAGAGCAGUUUGAUUUGUUCUGAGCCAACAGUAGAGGAAAUUGGAAGUGAAUUGGAGAAAGUGAGACUAAGCAUUGUUAAUGUUGAGGAAGGAGUAAAUACUCAAGGAGCAAUGGAAGCAGCGGAAGAGAGGCAUGGGGACAGUGCAGUUCAGCAACUUGAGGUGACUCAAGAAAAAAAUGUUCUGCUAAUGAAGGACAUCGUUAGUGAAGCAGUACAAGAAAUGCAAAUGUUUGGAGAAGCCAUUCAGAAGAAAGAAAAUACCCAAGGCAUUUUUCUGGGAAAGGAAUUUGCAAAGGGUACUUUGCUAAGUACAAUUGGGCGGACACGUGAGACUCUGAACUUGGGAAAGGAAAAGAUGCAACGCUUUCUGAAAGACACUAAACAAAAAGACCAAGAUUUACCUCUCUCAAGAACAGAGUCUCAACAGUCUCUUGAUAGAUUCUCAUUAGAGGGAUUUGAUGCUGUUUCUCUUGAUGAUGAAGCUGGCAAUGCUUUCUUGCAUUUACUGGAUACAGAAUCAUCACAUGGUUCACAACAGACCGAGAAAGUAACUGGAAGUGGAAAACAGUUAACAGAUCAAGAUAAUGUAUCACAGAUUACAGAGGAACCUGAACCUCAGGAGAUAAUGAGUCUUUCCCUUACUGAUGUUAUCUCUGUUGCACGUGUGCAAGAGAAUGAUGUGACUGUCACACUCCAGGCAAUGAAACUAAGUUGUGGACCAAGAUCAGGGGAGAAUGAGGGUCCUUUGGAAGUCAAAAGCCCUACUACCCCCUUAUCCAAGCCCCACGUUUCUAUACAGUUCAAUAUUGGUUCCUCUGUUGCUUCUCAAUCUCCUGUUGCCAAACAAAAUGGAUUUUUGCAGCUUUGGAUUCAGAAUUUUACCUCGGAACUCUCCGUUUCCUCCUUAACUCACAUUGGUCCAUUCCUAGAGGAUGAACAACUCGGUGAAAUUGUGCCGCUAAAUAUACAUAUUUCCAACAGCAGCAUUUCACUCAGGGAUAAUGGGCCAAGUCUCUACUCUUCUCCACUGCCUCCUCAACCAGUCAUACUCAGUGUGCAAAAUAUCAAAGUUCAACGGAAAGAAGAUGGAAUCUUCGUUUUAACAGGUGAUGACACAAAUGCUGCUCUUCCUCUAGCUAAUGAAGAAGUAUCAUUAUUACCGCAAAGCAAGGAGGAACUGCAAAGAGAACUAAUAGCUGCGCAGAUCAAGCUUGAUCAACAGAAUGAACAGCAACAGAGGCUUCUUCAGGAGAUUAGAAAAUACAAUCCUGACUUUCAGCUUUGAUAUUUGUUGAUGUAGACAGAAAAACAAAUCUAACCUGUUUUUUUAACCAUGCUUAGUAGUAUUUUCUCUUUUCUGAACUCAUAUUCACAGAAUGCACUGGUACAAUGAAGUAAGACCCACUCUCUGAACCUCUGUGGUGGAAAGGUAGUAAGGAAUAAAAUCACUAGGUGCUAUUAGUUGCUAA